AUGAAAGGAGAGGAUAAUAUUGUUGAGAAUGAAACUGGUACAGGCAACGGAUCAACGGCUGAUGUUAUAGUGGCAGUAGAUACAAGCGUACCAGGCAUUUGCAGUGCAUCUAGUGAUACUAAGGAUGCUUCCGAUAGCGAGAAAUCCGAUAACGAUGAGUAUGACAGACUGAAGACUGCGUUUGAGCAGCUAUGUAGGGGUCUUCCACAGAUAGAUAUUUCACAGUGGUCGCUUCGGUUCCAACUAUCUACGUUUAUUAAUGACUUGCAUAACGGGCUUACACUCUCGAACGCUUUGAACAGGUUGCAGACCAUGAAGGCCGUCAUGGAAAGUAAGAUGGCGGCCUUUAAGUCUAUGAGAGUAUCAUCUCCUACUACAAAGCUAGAGGGAGGACAUGAACCUAUAGCGGUAGGAAAAGCAUCGGAACCAGAGGAUAUUCCCAUGUUCCAUGAUUUGGUGAUUCCAAAGGACAAGAGAGAGGAGGAAAGUUUGGAAGAGGCUCGCCUGUUGAGUUUGCAAGAAGAAGAAGAGGACAACGAGGACCUUAGAGGGUUAAUGAAGUGGGAUGAGGCGCUAACCGAUCAAGAUCAACUUCGGCAACGUAUUAAAAUUAUACAGCAGCUUGAAUAUAUUACUCCGGCUACAAAGUCUAAGAUGGUGCAGAAGCUCAUGAUGGGCCAAUUUGCGACGCAUAGUCUAGCAUCUCAGGAUGUUACAGAAGACCAGGCGGGACAGCAGUGCUCGCUAGCUAACAAGGAAGUUUCUACGGACGCUUCUUUAAGCGACAUCGAAAAACGUCCCAACCACACAGCAAAGGAUCAUUUGGCUGUUCCUACGCUCUCUGCUGAAGAGCAAGUCUCAACCCACCACCCUUCUGGUGUGCUUGGCUGCCCUCAUUACAUGCGAAACUGCAAAAUACAAUGCCCCACCUGCCUUGGGUGGUACACGUGUCGUUUCUGUCAUGACGAGGUGGUCACAAGUCAUCACUUCCAGCGCAAUAAGGCUCGCUGGAUCAUGUGUAUGAUGUGCAAGAAUGUGCAGGCUCCAGACUCCGCUGAGUGCGCGGGCUGUGGCCACGACUUUGCUCUUUACUUCUGCAAGGAGUGCGUGCUUUACGACAACGACGAGUCGAAAGACAUAUACCACUGCAGCAAAUGUGGCAUAUGUCGCCUUGGUCUCGGUCUUGGCCAAGACUUCUUUCACUGCGACGGCUGUCACGCUUGCUUAUCUAUGGAGCUCCAAGGCAACCACCGCUGUAUCGAACGCUCUACGAUGUCCAAUUGCCCCAUCUGUAGCGAGUUCAUGUUCACUUCUGUCAAGCCAGUAGUAUAUAUGUCUCCCUGUGGCCACGCUAUACAUCAGCACUGCUUCAAUGAGCACACUAGGCAUUCUUAUAAGUGUCCCGAGUGCCAGGUGACUGUCCUAAACAUGGAGGCUCAGUUCCGUGUUAUGGAUAAGGAAGUCGAAGAACUCCCUCUCCCAGAGCCAUAUUGCCUCUGGAAGUGCCUGAUACACUGUAACGACUGCGGCUUGCGCUCCACUUGUUCUUACCACAUCUUAGGGUUACGCUGUGCUAACUGCUACAGCUAUAACACCAUCCAGUUAAAGCUCAUUAAAUCCGGCGACGAUGAUAGCGCCGCCGAAACCGGCAAUUCAGCCGCCAAUACACACGACGACGCUCAUAGUAAUAUACGGCAGCAACUUCUUCAUGCCAACUACCAGCGUGAAGAAGUGCAGCCCUUAAUUGAUGUAGACGGACACGAAUACUUCCGUAACAUGGUCGACAUGGACGACUACAUGGACAAAUAUCUAAGUCUACCCGCUAACACCACCAAAGUAGCGGACCCCCCCUCCCAGGCUGCCUCAAAUACGCGCAACCUUCUACAAGAUACCCAGGGGAUAGGAGCUGCUUUGGCAGGUAAAGUUAAAAAGUUUAUGGCAGAUCACUCGGAAUCUCCUUCCUGGAGUGAACUUUCAGACGCAUUUAAACGUUUCAUGGAGACCAGCAUUCAGGGUCUCAGUGACAAUGACGACGACGACGAAGACGACGACAACCAUGACAAUAAUAACAAUAACACAGAAGAAAAUCACCUUGACGAAGAUGACAAAGAUGGUGACCAGCAUUAUUUAGCCGCCAACCCCCCCCCCCCUGGCAAUCUGACGGAGCAUAACGGUUUGGAAAAAUGGACCGCGUUGUCCCGGGUAACUUUUCCGCUCCGAUCACGUGAAUCUUCCCGUAGUUACCCGCCUUAA